AUGGGCAACUACAUCUCUUGCACGCUGGCCAGCCCACCGGGGAGACAGUCAAGAGGCACAAGAGUGAUCCUACCAAGUGGCAAAAUCCGGCAACUCGAUGGGCAGGUCAAGGCGGCGGAGCUGAUGCUCGAGACACCCAAUUACUUCUUGGUGAAUUCGCGGUCGCUGCAGAUUGGGCGGAGGUUUUCUGCGCUUAACGCGGAUGAAGAUUUGGAGAUGGGUAAUGUUUAUAUCAUGUUCCCGAUGAAGAGGGUCAAAUCUGUUAUCACAGCAGCGGAUAUGGGGGUUUUGUUCAUGAGUGCCAACUCGGCCGCCAAGCGGGCUUCGGAUGGAAAGAUCAGGAUCUUGCCGGAGGCUAGCAGUGGGGAUUCACGGGUCACACCGGUGUCGGCUGUUAACAAUUCGAGCGGUAGCGAGACACCGUUGCCCAGACUGAAGUUGGAUGAUAUUGAAGAGUUCUCAACCCCAGAGUUCAGGCAUAGGUUGUCGAUGUGUAGGUCUAGGAAGCCCUUGCUAGAGACCAUUACAGAAGAGCCCAUUUGUUCGAGAUGA